AAACCAAAAUUUUCUCUCUUUUAAAAAAAUGCAAACAUCAUCAAACUCAAUAAAAAUCCCAGCUUUUGAUGAUCUAAUGAGUGCUUUAUUAACAAUAGACACGUCAUCAUCAGAAUCAGUUAUGAAGCUACUUGUUGAUAACAGAGAGGUUUUUAUGAUACUUACAACUUCUGUAGCUAUAUUAAUUGGAUGCGUCGUCGUUUUGAUCUGGAGAAGAUCUUUUAAAAAUAAAUCUGAUUUGAGUGGUAAAUCCCCUGUUGUUAUUGUUCCUAAAAAAGGCAGUAAAAUUGAUGAUGAUGAAGAAAUUGAUGAUGGUAAAAUUAAAGUUACUGUCUUUUUUGGUACUCAAACUGGUACUGCUGAAGGUUUUGCCAAGGCACUUGUAGAGGAAGCUAAAGUUCGAUACGAAAAGGCGGUGUUUAAGAUUGUUGAUUUGGAUGAUUAUGCUGCUGAUGAUGAUGAGUAUGAGGAGAAACUAAAGAAAGAAUCUUUGGCAUUUUUCUUUUUAGCUACAUAUGGAGAUGGUGAGCCAACAGAUAAUGCGGCUAGAUUCUAUAAAUGGUUUACUGAGGGUGAUGACAAAGGGGAAUGGCUUACGAAGCUUAAGUAUGGAGUUUUUGGCCUUGGCAAUAGACAGUAUGAGCAUUUUAACAAGAUUGCAAAGGUGGUCGAUGAUAGUCUUGCAGAGCAGGGUGCAAAGCGCAUAGUUCCAGUGGGUAUGGGAGAUGAUGAUCAAUGUAUUGAAGAUGACUUCACUGCAUGGAAAGAGUUAGUGUGGCCUGAGUUGGAUCAAUUGCUCCGUGAUGAGGAUGAUACGACUGUUGUUACUCCCUACACGGCUGCUGUUUCAGAAUACCGUGUUGUCUUUUAUGAGAAACCAGACAUGUAUGGUGAUCACAUUCAUACAAAUGGUCAUGCUGUCCAUGAUGCACAACAUCCAUGCAGAUCCAAUGUGGCUGUCAAAAAGGAACUCCACACCCCUGAAUCUGAUCGUUCUUGCACUCAUCUGGAAUUUGACAUCUCUGAUACCGGGCUAUCAUAUGAAACCGGGGACCAUGUUGGAGUCUACUGUGAGAAUCUAAGUGAAGUUGUUGACGAGGCAGAAAGAUUAGUAGGCUUACCAUCAGACACUUAUUUCUCGGUCCAUACUGAUAAAGAAGAUGGGACACCACUAGGCGGUGCCUCAUUGCCACCUCCUUUCCCUCCAUGUACUUUAAGAAAAGCAUUGGCUACCUAUGCUGAUGUUUUGAGCUCUCCCAAAAAGUCGGCUUUGCUUGCUUUAGCUGCUCAUGCCACUGAUCCCACUGAAGCCGAUAGAUUGAAAUUUCUUGCGUCUCCUGCUGGAAAGGAUGAAUAUUCUCAAUGGAUAGUUGCAAGCCAUAGAAGCCUUCUUGAAGUCAUGGAGGCCUUCCCAUCGGCCAAGCCUCCACUCGGCGUCUUCUUUGCAUCUGUUGCUCCACGCUUGCAGCCCAGAUAUUACUCUAUCUCUUCAUCCCCCAAGAUGGCGCCAAAUAGGAUUCACGUUACUUGUGCACUAGUUUAUGAGAAAACACCAGCAGGUCGCCUACAUAAAGGAGUUUGUUCUACCUGGAUGAAGAACGCCGUGCCGAUGACAGAAAGUCAAGAUUGCAGUUGGGCGCCUAUUUAUGUUAGAACAUCCAAUUUCAGACUUCCUUCUGAUGCUAAAGUCCCUGUUAUCAUGAUUGGCCCAGGCACCGGAUUAGCUCCAUUUAGAGGUUUCCUUCAAGAAAGGUUAGCUCUGAAAGAAGCCGGAACUGAGCUUGGAUCAUCCAUUUUGUUCUUUGGAUGCAGAAAUCGCAAAGUGGAUUUCAUAUACGAGGACGAGCUUAAUAAUUUUGUCGAGACCGGUGCUCUUUCCGAGCUUAUUGUAGCAUUCUCUCGCGAAGGCCCCACUAAGGAAUAUGUGCAACACAAGAUGACUCAGAAGGCUUCGGAUAUCUGGAACUUGCUUUCUGAGGGAGCAUAUAUAUAUGUAUGUGGUGAUGCCAAAGGCAUGGCCAAAGAUGUACAUCGAACUAUCCAUACAAUUGUCCAAGAACAGGGAUCUCUGGACUCGUCUAAGGCAGAACUCUAUGUGAAGAAUCUGCAAAUGUCAGGAAGAUACCUUCGUGAUGUUUGGUAAAUAGCAUUCAACCCUUUGCGGAUGUGAAAGAAGAAAAAUAAACGAAAAAUUUCGGUUAGCAACUUAUUCUUAACUAAGCAAGGAUACGAGGAGAGGUUGCACAAUCUUUCUCAUCACCCCAUAUAAGAACUGGGGGAGCUCUCAUUUUGUCGUUAAUUAUAGCGAUGUGUUCAGAAAUUCUUUUAUCUACUUUUGUGUUAUAUAUUCCUACCUUUUUCUUUUUGUAACUUUGCUACUCUUGAGUCGUGGCUUGAAUGGGGUUAUUUUUUUUAAAUGUAAUUUAUAAGUAGAUACAUAUAUAGUGUUGCUAGUGUUAUACAUACAAUAUUUGGCGGUAAUAGUUAUAACUAUUGUAGUCUGUAAUGAAUUGAGAACAUUCAAUGUAUUAUGAUGAUAUUUGCUAUUA